GCUGUGAAAGCUAGCAGGUAUUUCUGCAGGUCGGUUGUCAGUAGUCACUUUCUACAGUUCAUUACGCAUGGCUAUGAAGACUGUCUCUGUGCAUUAGAUACCUGAUUUAGCUUCAGCGCAUUACAAACAUGAAGGGUACAAUACUAUCAGUGGCGUGACAUCAUUUAUAUUACGCUUAUUUGUCAAAAGACUUAAAAUCAUUUCUAGCACGCUACACAGAAAACAAGAAGGUACCCAUGCCAUGCGCUGCCAACCCCUGGCCAAAAUGUAAAACAAUUUAUUGUAUGAUCUGAUGGAAUCCUACUGUCAGACGCAGACUAGCAGCAGUCAGCUUGUAAAAGACAGGCGUGAUAUGUGGCUUCAGUGCACAAAGUGACCAGCCCCCCUCUCCUGUGAUGCAGCUGCUUCAUGAUCUAUAUUUAUACGGGUUGCUCUGGGAGGGGCCCUCAACCUCAGUAGCCUUUUACAUUCUAGGCUGUCUGCAAGAUUCCUUGGCUGGGGGAAGUACUACAUUAGUUUACCCCUUCCCAGAUGAAUGACGUCCCUUUCUAAAGGCAGCCUUAUUUUUCAAAGCCUCCCAAACUCCUGCAUUAUAGUGCAAGCUGCACACCGCCUGUCUAAAGACAUUGCUUCUGACGUGCAAAACUUUUUUAUUUGGGUGUCUCCGGGAAAAAAAACACUUUCUUUUUGCAAAACAACACAAGGGAUACCGGUAAAACAAUUAACAAAAAUAGUUUUCAGCAAAAUGAUAAGUCACCAUGAAUAAUAUUCAGUGGAAAUAGGGCAAGGGAUUUUUUUCCAGAAAAGAUCGUUGUUGAAUCAACCUUUCAUUCCAGCAAAUAUUGCGUCUGUGGUUGGGGUAAAGCCUAUAAAGAACCAGUAUUACCCCUUGCCUCUGUUUAAUUUUUCCAGAAAGACAGCACAUGCAACUUUCCAGUCACAGAAACUCUUGACAGGUCAUUCCAGGCUGCAUAUUGCACAAUGGUACGAGGCACUGUAAGCCCAGAGCUAAGUCUUAUACGUGCCUUGCCAAUCAGAUUGUCUUUUCACUUUUCUGUUGAUUUUUGGAGAAAGCGCUGAACUCAGAGGACAUUUAUUUCUACUGCCUUUCUUUCAGAAGCGUGGUCACCAUGGACGAGGUACUGGGUCUGAGCAACACCAGCUUCUACAAUGAAUCGCCUUCAUCCAACGUAACCAUUGAAAGCAACCAGUUUGUGCAGCCAGGAUGGAAGAUCGCUCUUUGGGCUAUUGCCUAUUCUAUUAUUAUUGUUGUAGCAGUAGUGGGGAAUUUGACUGUCAUCUGGAUCAUAGUAGCCCACAAACGAAUGAGGACAGUGACCAACUACUUUUUGGUGAACCUGGCUUUUGCCGAAGCUUCCAUGGCGAUUUUCAACGCAGCCAUUAACUUCACGUAUGGCAUCCACAAUAACUGGUACUACGGACUUCAUUACUGCAGGUUUCAUAACUUCUUCCCUAUAACUGCUGUUUUUGCCAGCAUUUACUCCAUGACCGCAAUCGCCAUAGACAGAUACAUGGCAAUCAUCCAUCCAUUGCAGCCAAGGUUAUCAGCUACAGCCACUAAGAUUGUCAUCUGUGUCAUCUGGGUCCUUGCUUUAUCCCUGUCCUUUCCACAGUUCUACUAUUCUAGCAUUCGGACCUUUCAUGAUAGGACAGUGUGUUAUGUUGAUUGGCCUGAGGAUGAGGAAGAUGGAGAGAGUGAGAACAACAGCAAGUAUUAUUAUGUCUGUGUCACUCUACUACUGUAUGUGCUUCCUCUGCUGGUGAUAGGAUGGGCCUACACUGUUGUAGGACUAACACUGUGGGUCAGUGAGAUACCUGGUGAUUCUUCGGACAGAUACCAUGAACAGAUGUCAGCUAAACGCAAGGUUGUAAAAAUGAUGAUCGUUGUGGUGUGCACAUUCGCCUUCUGCUGGCUGCCCUAUCAUGUUUACUUCCUGCUUUACCUGUUUCACCCGGAGCUCUAUAACAAGCAAUUCAUUCAGCAGGUGUAUCUGGCUGUAAUGUGGCUAGCCAUGAGUUCCAGCAUGUACAACCCAAUUAUCUACUGCUGUCUCAAUGAUAGGUUCCGUGUUGGAUUUAAACAAGCUUUCCGUUGGUGCCCAUUUAUCAAUGUCGGACAGUAUGCAGGAUUAGAGCUGAAAUCAACACGAUAUCUACAGACACAAAGCAGCAUGUACAAAGCCAGUAGCAUGGAGACAACGGUGUCAACAGUGAUUAAUCAUAACGAUGAUGAUUUGGAAGGAAACACCAAGAUGAAGCGCCUCUCUCUUGACCUCACUUCAAAUGGAUCUUCACGGAGUGUCACCAAGACCACUUCAGAAACUUCUAGCUUUUAUUCUAGUACUUAUAUGUCAUAAAGACACAAUGUCAUUGAUAAACAAUAGCUCUGCAAAAUACUAUACAGAUUUCCCACCUACUGAAUCUUGGGGCUGGACAAGAUUGUAGUGAAAGAAAGUAAUGUAACAUAAGUUUGGAAAUAAUGACAGGGUUAUCGGGGGGGCUAGUUUAGACCAUUUUAUUGUAGAAGCAAAGCAGAGACAUUUAUUCUUGGGUGCCCUGUCCAAACAAGAUAAAAGACAAAUGAAAUUAAAAUUGAACUGCAAAAUUAGGGUUUGAACACUUUAAUUUUGAUACAUGGACAUUAACAGAUAAUGAACAGUGCAAAUAAAUUUCACUAAUGAGAAAUUUUUAAGGUAAAGCAGAUGUGGGGGGGGGGGGGGGGCAGGGUAAGCAUUUUCCAAGUGACCUGUUUUUCUACUAAUGUGUGGUAAGAGUAUCAGUCAUAAAUGUUUGACUGCAUAUAUAAAAUAAACAAACAAAGGCAAAUUAAAAAAUAGAUUUACUUAAACAACAGCUUCAUGGUAGGCUGUUUCGACAUUCAGAGUUUGUAUAUUUCAUGGACAAUCUGAAAAGAAUAACUGACAGCUAGGUAUGACAUAGCUGAGAUCAAAUGGCAUAUGACAAAAUGAAACUGUCUUACAUGAAUUUACUAAUCAACAUUAGAAUGUUUCGGGUCAGAAUCUUUUUAGUACAUUACAGAUCACUUGUCUUUUCUAUUUACAUUCCCUCCUUAGAACGAAAUAAAGCAAUGGCAGGUGCCUUCGCCCACAAAUUCCCUCUUGUGCUUAUCUGAGAUACUAGAUUAAUAUUAACUGAAAGGAUUCUUAUCAUUUUACAGCAGUUUCACAAAUGCUAUAUUACAAUUUCAGAUGUUAUACUAAAUGAGAGACCAAGUUAGGGUCAACUCAGUGAGGCAAAGACAAAUGGACAGUGAUAAGUCAAUAACAGAAUUGAAAGAGACAGCACAAUCCGAUUGUGGUAAAUGCUGCAUAGUUUUUUCCCUUGAUACCAAAGAAUAGCUGCAUCACACAUACGACCUUGUGCUCAUUUUAAAUAUUCUAGAUACUUUCAAGGCUGUGACAUCACAAAGACAGAAAAAAACGUUUGGUUUCCUAGUAAAACAAAGGUCUGAUGUCUGACAAAUUGCUUUUCAGUGAACUGAAAAGUCAGCAGUCCCUUGUUAAUGAUGCUGGGUGGGAGGCUGACAUAAUGGUUAAGGUGUUUACCUUACAGACACAAGGUGCAGGGUUUGAUUUUCACAUGGGGUAAUUGGCUAGGCUUAAAAUGGCCCUCAAGGAAACUUAGCCUAGUACUAAUCUAUGAACCACUGCAUCAUGAACUGGAAUCAUCAAACUGCAUCUUUUGAGUCCUUGUGAUUGGAAUCAUACAGCUUUAUCAAAGCCAGUUCUACAAUUCAUGACAAAUCACAGGUGACUGUGUGAUCUACUGAUUUAGAAAAAAAUCACUGUAUCCAUUUUGUGAAGAUGCAGCAACUUUGGAAGUAAUUUUAUUGAAAUAGUGUGCUAUAGUUAGAUGAGAUGCUACCCUAACAGGGAAAAAAACAAUUAAAAUUCCCUGUGGUACAUUAGUACAAUCCAUCUCACUUUGUAGGUCUCCACCAAGAUGCCCACGUAUUCAUAGAAAUACUGCACUGGUGUGUACAAGCACCUUAAACAGUGUGCACUGCAUGCUGCCACAGACAAUCCCAGUUCAUGAUCAUGGCCCAUUUUAUUCCAUGUCAGUAUAUUACGGUCAUCCAGUGAAACUCCAACAGUAGCACUCCUUUGGUGUCCUGUAGGUUUCCCCUGCUGUCGACCAGCCUUAACUCCUUUUAUGACAUUUAAUUUAUGGUGUAUAGUUGGGGGGGUAACUGAAUCCACACUCUGUGUAUGAACUGCAGUCAUUUCACAGUAGAGGUAUGGCAGUAAUUAAGGUCUUGCUCCACUGUGUACUUC